GGCUUCGCGAGGUGUGUUCCUGAUCCUUGUUGCUAAAUUUUCCCUUCUUGGAAAAGGAGGAGGAGGAGGAGAAAGAGGAACUGACCCCACAGCCUCCCUCUGACAUUUGCAAAAACCCAAUAUUGCAAAAUAGAAAUUGCAAAAAGCAAGAGAGCCAAUUGCAAAAACAGAGAGCAAUUGCAAAGUGGAGAGGAGACAUUGAGAGCCCUAAGAGAGGGAUUUGCUGCAAGGUCCUAUUCUUGCCGGGAGGAGAUAUCCUUUACAACUUGUGUGUGUGUGUGUGUGUGUGUGUUUGUUUUUUUUAGUGUGUGCAAGGGUUACACUACAACUCCCUUGCAAGCAACCCCUCCUUUUGCACCACCCUUUUCUUGGCACAAAGCAAUGCCCACCCAAGGGUCUUUUUAUAGAGGGAAUUUGUGGCUGGGGGCAAUGCCCACCUUCCCCUCUCCCCCCCUUCCCCCUUAGAUCUCUUUUUUGGGGUGCAGCUUUAGCAAAAACCUAUCACUCAUCCCUUUUUUCCUAUUCCAAACAGGGCACCUUGUAAUAGGACUGCAACACAAAGGUGUGUGUGUGUGUCUCUGUGUUGUUGCUGUUUUCUUGUCAAGGAGGUGGAUUGGAAGCCUCCAUGCUGCAAAGGACCCCAAAGUGGAACUCGAUCAUCCAUAACUUCAACCAUCUUCCCAGGAAAGGCUAUUUUUCUUUGCACGACUAUUGGACCUCAAGGUGUCCCUUCCUCCAUUCUCUCACUGCAGAGAAGGAAGGGCUGGGUUUGUAGACUUAGACAUGGCAUUGCUAGGGAUGGCAUUGCUAGGGUCCUGAUCCAGCCCUCCUCCUUCCCCCUAAAUGCACCCCCUUAUUUUCUUUACCCUACCACUAAAAAAGCCAUGCUAUUCCUAGGCAGGGUUUUCUUGCACCAGCAGCAGCAUCAGCCACUGUUGCAAGGCUGCUGCUUCGUCUCCUUAGGCAUCCUUGGAGGGCUGGGGCAUCAUCAUGGCAACAACAGUAGCAGCAGAUCCAGGGGUUUUUCCUCCUCCUCCUCCUGCCUCAGGCAUCUCAGGGUCUUGGUCGACAUGGAUGGGGUGCUGGCUGACUUUGAAGGAGGGUUUCUGCAGAAAUUUCGAGCCAAGUACCCAGAGAUGCCUUACAUCCCUUUGGAGGACCGCCGGGGCUUUUGGGUCUCGGAGCAAUAUGGGCAGAUGGACCCAAUGCUGAGCGACAAGGCGAUCAGCAUUUGGGAAUCCAAGAACUUCUUCAUCGACCUGGACCCGAUCCCAGGCGCCGUGGAAGCGGUGAAGCAGAUGGCAAAGUUAGAAGAGACGGAUGUCUUUAUAUGCACAAGUCCCAUCAAGAAAUACCACUAUUGCGCAUAUGAAAAGGAGCUGAGAAGAGGCCAAACUGGGAGCACAUCCUCUUCACAGCCUGCCACAACAAACACCUGGAGCUUCAACCUCCCCGUCGCAGACUCCACUCUUGGGCUGACAACUGGAAGGCCAUCUUGGAUAGCAAGCGGCCCUUGUAGGCCAGGCUUCCCAAAGGGUUCCUUUGCCAAGUCCAAGAAGACGAAGGACCUGUAUGGUGCUGGCCCCCAAACCGAGGCAGGAACAGGAAAGACCUUCAGGGUCGGAAACAAGAGCCAAGAAGACCCUCCAGACAUAAGGUGCUCUCCUGCCUCCAACUCCAGUCUGCUGACAUGGUCACAAAGCUGGGAAUGGAAGCUACAGAGAUGAGGGCCACCACAGGUCAGGUCAUGUUUGCCAAAUGUGCUUCUUGUGCCUGGAUCUCUCUACCACCAAGGGCAUCUUAAUGCGCUGAUUGGCCUGUUCAGGCUUUGUGUCUCCCAAGCACUGUUUAGCUUUAUAUCUGGCUUCCCAAAAAGAGGGCAGCCUUCAUUUGCUUCUUCUCCCAAUGGACUUUAUGGGACUGAAAUACUGUUCGCCUCAAAACAGGACGCUCAAGAAAAAUAAGCUUCCUGGGGUGAAAACCACGCAGAAGCCAUCCUUUCAGACCUCAGAUUCUCAGUUGGAAUCCCACAUGUGUGAGCCAGCUCAUUACACUAGUUUGUUCAUGAAGGAAAGACAUUUUCCAUGGCUUCAAAAAAAUACCUUCUUUGUUGUUAGUUUAGAGUUGUUCAAAAUGGCAACUCGGCACCAAAGGUUUGAGAGCAAAGCCCUGGUUCCAAGCUGGGUCUUUCCUCAAAUGUAAAGGUUUAAAAAAACCCAAAUGCAAGUGUCCUAUAACUUGUAGUGUUGUUGACAAAUAAAAGGGAAUGAGAAACA